CUUUUGCCUCAAUGCUUAUGGUUCCCAUGCUCUCUUAGUAUUUCUACAAUGCUAGAGCUCUGCUACUGGGAAAGCUUUUUCAGCAAAACAUUACAAAGCUGAAAAAAAAAAAAAGGAAACCAAAACUGCAACUCAUUUAUCACUCUUAUUGUUGUCUUCCAGGGAUUAAGAGUGGAAAAAACAUGGUCCAACUCUACUUCUGGUUCUCAGGCCUCUUUCUUCUGUUCAUGGAGGAGGCAAAAACUGCCAAAGAGAACACUGACCCAAUAAUGGUGAUGGGAAUUCUAGGAGAGUCAGCUAUUCUACCUGCAGAAAUACCACUUGGAAAGAAACUUGUGAACAUUAAUUGGUCUUCCCGUACACCUGUUGCUAUUGUACAGCCAGAUCCAGGAACAUCAUUCAAACUUAUUAUAACCCAUCAAAAUUAUGUGGGACGACUGAAUGUUAUAUCCUUGAAUUAUGAUUUAAAGAUUAGCCCCCUGAAGAUGGAGGAUGCAGGAAGCUACAGAGCUGACAUAAAUGUUCAGGCCGAUACAACCAGCACCAUGACUAUCACCAAGAACUAUUUGCUGCAUGUCUACAGACGACUGGCACCACCAAAAAUUACUCAGACUUCCAUGAUCUCCAAGAACAACACCUGUAAUAUUACUCUGACAUGCUUCGCAGAGGGAGGAGAAGAUGUGAAGUACCAGUGGACCCCUCUGGAAGAACAAGCCAUUGAGUCUAAUGGGAAAUCCAGUCUUUUCAUCUACCGAAGACCUGAGGAUGCUCACAUAAAUUAUACCUGUACAGUCACAAACCCUGUCAGCAACAAUUCUGAAUCCAUACUUGUUCAUCUCUGUGCAGAUUGCCUUUCAGGUACUUUUGAUCCUUCCUGCUGCAUACUCCUGUCUGUCUUGGUAAAGCUGGUUCUCAUCACUUUGGUUGGAGUGGGUUUUUACCUAUGGCCCAAGAUAAAACAAGAAAUUGCCUCAUCAUGACAAGCAAGGAAUGAAUGGUCCUUCUUCUCAGAAGACUUGGAUUAGAAAGAUAUGAAUCUCUGAGCAUGGAUCAGCUUUGUGAUACCCUAGAAAAAGGGGGGGGGGCUGAAAUUUAUUCUAAUUCUACUUUUGUGAAAAGAAUAUUGUACUAUAUGAGGACCAAAAAUUCAAAGAAAUCUCUAAGAUUCUUUGUCUGUGUCUAGACUUGACUAGAUAGUUGUCAAAGAAUGGUCUAAUAUGAAUCACAGCCAUCUCAGAACUGGAAAUAACUUCAUUGAGCUCAUCUAUUUCAGUCUAUAUGAGGAAAGGGAUCCCCUCAACAACAAACCCAAGAAGUAAUCAUGCAGUCUUUGCUUAAUUGUUGAUGAGAGGAGAACCCCGUAUAUCUAUUACACUUUUGAAUGGUACUAAUUGUUAGGAAACAUGAUCUUGCUUUAAAUGAAAAAUGUGCUUAACUUUCAGCCAUGAGCUUAGUACUGCCAUAACCAAGUAGAACAAAUUUAAUCAUACAUCCACAUUAUGGCUCUUUAGAUACUUAAUCCAAGUUUCAAGACUGGAAUACUUUAUGUCCUGCUGCUUAGAAGUAAUUCUGGAUUGGUGGAGAAAAUGACUCAAAAUCACUUCUGAAAGGCAGAGUUGGUGUAAAAGCUUUAGAAAGGGAAUUCUUCAUUUCUCUUCCAAUAUGGAUUUAUAUAAUCCCAAACUCGCUAUAGAAGAAACCCAUGAAAAGAGAGAAAAGAUUUAAGUAAGCAGCAGACCGGUAGAAAAGCUUAGAAUUCAAUAUAUUCCAGAUAUUCAACUUGCCUCCCUAAAGAUUUCAAAGAAUUUCUCCUACAUUGGAACUGGGGUGCCACUUAAUUGGGUUGACUAUUGGAUCUUAAUGAGUGAGUUUUCUCUGUGUACUAGCUAACCUAUAUGACUUCUCCAAUUUCUAUUUGCUAUCUGCUUAACUAAAUGGAUUUACUUACUGUUUUACUAUUUGUGAAUUGGGGAUUGAUUACCUGUAAAGAAUCAAGCCUGAGGGUAUAAACUUGAGAUCACCCUUUUCCCUUUUUAUGAACAGUGACCAAGAAAUUGUCUUUAACUUAAAAAUCAUGCCUUUGACUAGAAAUAUUUAGGAAGGCAGAUAAAUAUAAUUCUCAUCUGGUAUAUAAGUAUGCUAUCUUAAAUUGCUGUGGCCAGAUUUGUGGCCCUUUCACCUGCUCCCUCAAGGCUUAAAUCAAAUCCUCUUUUUUAUGAACAUGUAUAUCUUAUCUGAACAUACUUAUCUUUAUAUUUUAAAAUAAAUAUCAUACCUCCCCUU